AUGAUCUCACUCUCCCAAGAACAGAUCACAGAACUAGUGUCCUCUCCCAGAACAGAACCACAGACAGUGUCCUCUCCCAGAACAGACCAGAGACAGUGUCUCUCCCAAGAACAGACCACAGACAGUGUCCUCUCCAAGAACAGCCGAACAGCGUCUCUUUCCCAAGAACAGAUCACAGACAGUGUCCUCUCCAAGAACAGAUCCACGGAACCAGUGUCUUCUCCCAAGAACAGAACCACAGACAGUGCCCUCUCCCAAGAACAGAACCACAGACAAUGUCCUCUCCCCAGAACAGCCCACAGACAGUGUCCUCUCCCAGAACAGAUACUAGACAGUCUCCUCUCCCAAGAACAGAUCACAGACAGUGUCCUCUCCCAAGAACAGAACCACAGACAGUGUCCUCUCCAAGAACAGCCCACAGACAGUGUCCUCCCAAAGUACAGCCACAGACAGUGUCCUCUCCCAGAACAGACCACAGACAGUCUCCUCUCCCAAGAACAGAUCACAGACAGUGUCCUCUCCCAAAGAACAGAACCACAGAUGUCCUCUCCCAAGAACAGACCAAGACAGUGUCCCUCUCCCAAGAACAGCCCACAGACAGUGUCCUCUCCCAAGAACAGCCCACAGACAGCGUCACCUCUCCCAGAACAGAUCACAGACAGUGUCCUCUCUAAGAACAGACCACACAGACAGUCUCCUCUCCAAGAACUUGGAUCCACAGACAGUGUCUCUCCCAAGAACAGAGACCACAGACAGUGUCCUCCCAGAACAGACCACAGACAGUGUCCUCUCCAAGAAUUAAGAUCACAGACAGUGUCCUCUCCCAAGAACAGACCAGAGACAGUCUCCUCUCCCAGAACAGAUCACAGACAGUGUCCUCUCCAGAACAGACCACAGACAGUGUCGUCUCCCAAGAACAGAUCUAGACAGUGUCCUCCCAGAACAGACCAGGGGCAGUCUCCUCUCCCAAGAACAGAUCACAGACAGUGUGUCACUCUCCCAGAACAGACCACAGACUGA